UUUACCGUUGGGGAAAACGCGCAGACAACGUCCAAUAAUGGAUGUGACAACUGCAACCCUACUUCCGGUUGAGGUAAACACCGCCAGCGCUUCCAACGAAUGCCGGAUGCUGAUGAACGUUGCCCGGUAUUACAACAUUAUUUCGAAAAUCGUGGACAUCUUGGACCAGUGUAUUUCACAAGAAACCGUCGCUAGUCUACAAGUUUUUCACAGACCGGAAGCUCAAUCCGUAUCAAUUUAUUAUGGGACGAUCAUAGAAGAUUGCCCAGCUGAAGUGAACAAUCGAACUGAGGCUUUGGUAAAACCGGAAGUGCUCGAUCCACAGGUGCCGAGCGCCGACGAUGAAGUAGAUCUGCCCGCCAUAAUUGAGGAUAUCAGUGAAGAGGUUUACGGCUUCGAGGAACAAUCUACCUAUGGCGCUGAAGAGGUUGAAACAGAGGGCAUGCAUGUCGAAGAGCUCGAUUUAGUAGAGGAAGAACAUACCGUUGAUUUGGAAGAAGAAGAAGAAGAGCUCCAACUGGAUCCGGAACAGGAUAAUGAUAAUGACUCUAACGUAUCGGAGUAUUUUAUAGAAUACCUACAGGACGAGGAACAAGUUGCUGAAUCAUCAUCGAAUGCUUCGUUCGAUAGAAUUGAGUUCCAGGGGGAGAGAGAUGAUCCGGAAUUGGGUAGAAUCGAAUCGGUGAAUGAGGACAAAAGUUUAUUGAGGUAUAAGUGUCAGUUCAAGCAAUGCAACAUGAAAUUUUUCACCGCGGGACAAUACAAUGAUCAUCUUCAACAGGAACACGCUGAUGAAGUUGAAGCUCCCAUGGAAUUACAAUGCAAGCACAUCGAUUGCAAGACAAUGUUUGAUGACACUCACAAGCUUCUCAUUCAUUACAAAACCCAUAAACUGCAACAAAUGAAGGCUAAAGUAAGUUUGGUUUGUCAUAUUUGCCAUGUAAAGUUUGAAUGCAAGCAGGAAUUGAAGCAACACUUAAAAGAACAUCCUUGUAAAAGCAAUAGCGGUAAGAUGAAACUUAUUAUCAAAAGACAAUGCGAGUUCUGCGAGGAAAUUCUUGACCCAAAAAUAUAUGUCUACAACCUACAUUGUCUAAAGGAGCAUGGUCGUGCUCUUUAUAACUGUUUCGUGUGCGGAAAGACAUUCUACUUGUUCGCGCAUUUAAGUGAACACAUCAAAACAGCCCACAGUGCGGAAGCGGCUCAAUCGUUUAUCGAGGGAUCACUGUGGAGAACAUUCUCGAACGAUGACGUAUCGAUCAACGAGUGUCGCAUGUGCUUCCGGUUGUUUGCCUCUCAGAAGGCAGGAAUCCAACAUCAGGAACAUCACCUCAAGGAACUUUCCCUCACGUGUACGAACUGCGGUGGCAAACAUUAUGAAAGUCAGUGCAGCGAUCUGCGACCCAAAUUGGGUACCGUUUAUGAGAAGGUUCUGUGCGAUCUGUGCCAGCGGUGGAUGUCGAAGAAAAACAUAAAGGAACACUUGGCGACUCAUGCCAACGAACGUAACUAUCCGUGCACGGUUUGCAAGAAGACUUUCAAGGUGCAAAGAACCGCUAACCGUCACAUCCAAAAUCAUAUAAACGCACAGAACAAACGACGCAAAUGCUACGACUGCGACGAAGUUUUCGAUAGUGAGGACUCGAUUCUGGAGCACUACUGGCAGGCUCAUCCGGACAAGCGGCCGUACAAUUGUCCGAUUUGUGCGGAAGGAUUCUAUCUCAAAGUACAUCUGGCGGAUCAUUCGCACAUGCAUUCGGAUGAGGAUCGUCGCAAGAUUUCGGUCAAAAAUCCCGUUGAACAUUACCAGAUCGGUAACGCGAGGGUUUACGAGUGUACGCUCUGUCGGCGCUGCUUCUCUGCCAAACGGACAACGGUGGCGCACUUUCUCGUUCACACCGAUCGACCGUUUCUGUGUGAACACUGUAGUAUGUCGUUCAGGACCAAAGCAAGCCUGGAGGAUCACCUUUUGGAUGCACAUAAAGUUAAGGAUUAGCAGUAAAUACACGUGUUGUAGUAGUAAUUUAAAGUUUAUAAAAUAUAUUAAAAAAAUUUCGAUCGUCUAACUGUGCAACGUUAAGAAUGUCCUUUCAAUUUGUGAAUUACUUUCAUCUGUUGUUUUUGAAGCUGCACGUGACAAGCAGUCUACUAACAGCUUACUUUUUCUACAGACUACAACAUGUAGCUCUAUAUGAUCCCAUUUCUGCUCACUUUGGUUCAACAUACGAGGAGCGAACGCAACGGGAUCAUUUUCUUGCAAUAGAACACAUUCUAGACAAUCUUUUGGACUGUCAGUUUGCACUUUACAGGGUUUUGUGGGAUAGAAAAUUGCAAGGAACGCCCAUACCAAUACCUUAGGCUUAGGCUAUCUCAACAACAUUCGAAGAACAGGCAAUUUUGAACAAGAAUAAUCGUAC